GAACGAUUCCCAUCCAGAUCGAAAAUCCAGAUUGAAAAUCGCGGGGUUUCAGAUGGAAAUCGUCUUCCAGAAUUAGUAGUCAUAGUUCCAUACUCCCUCCCAUGGCCUGGCUAACUGGCGAGAGCUCCUCAAUGGCCAACGCUCGCUCUCUAAAUCAUCUGAUUUAUUUAUAUCGCAAAGCCAAAGUCCUUCCCUUCAAACAUCAAUGCCCUGCCCCCUUCUCUACUGAAACAGGAGAGAAACCCGUUUUAGUCAGGGACUUCAUUCGCUCUGCUUUAUACGACCCAAACUAUGGAUAUUUCUCUACAAGGUCUGGUUCUGUGGGGUUUCUCCCCAAAAGCAUCAAGUUCAACCAGCUUGAAGGCAGGAGUGCUUACAUGCAGUACCUGAGUGACAUUUACAAGGAAAACGACAUAGCAUGGUUUACCCCAGUUGAGCUUUUUAAGCCUUGGUAUGCCCAUGCUAUUGCGGAAGCCAUACUGCGUACUGCCAAUCUUUCAGUUCCUCUAAAAAUAUAUGAAAUUGGUGGCGGGUCAGGAACAUGUGCCAAGUGUAUAAUGGAUUACAUGAUGUUGAAUGCCCCAGCAAAAGUUUACAGUAAUAUGUCUUACAUAUCAGUGGAAAUCAGUCCAGCACUCGCAAGAAAACAGCUUGAAACCAUUAGUGAAGUUAGUAGUCAAUCACAACGUUUCGGAGUUGAAUGCCGUGAUGCAGCUGAUAAGAUUGGAUGGGGCAAGGUGGAUCAUCAACCAUGUUGGGUUAUAAUGCUUGAGGUUCUUGACAAUCUUCCCCAUGACCUAAUUUAUGCUGAGAAUCAAACUAGUCACUGGCUGGAAGUUUGGCUUGAAAAACAGCACGAAAAUUCAUCUAUGGUGGAGUCAUACAGGCCAUUACAAGAUCCCCUGAUUGCACGAUGCGUUGAUAUCAUUAACAUGGAUAUAAAAGACCGAAGUUUGGGUGCUAAAGCCAUAUCAGCAGCAAAAAGCGUUUGGUCAAAAAUUCUGCCCAGACCUAGAAGAGCCUGGAUACCAACUGGCUGCUUGAAACUGUUCGAUGUUUUGCACUGGGCAUUGCCAAAUAUGUCAUUGAUUGCUUCUGACUUCAGCUAUCUCCCUGAUGUGAAGAUAACCGGUGAUAGAGCUCCUUUGGUAUCAACCAAGAGAGAUGGUCGGAGUACAGACUACAACAAUUACACAGAUGCCAGGGGAGAUGCAGAUAUUUUCUUCCCUACAGAUUUUUGGCUCUUGGAGCGCAUUGAUCACGACUGUGCUGAUGGACCGAACCAUCAUACUACACCAUCUAGGAAAAUGAAGAAACGGCGAACAAUUAUACUUGAUACUGCUGCUUUCAUGGAAGAAUUUGGGCUUCCUUCAAAGACAAGAACUAAGGAUGGGUAUAACCCACUUCUAGAAGAUUUCAGAAACACAAAAUUCUAUUUGAGUGUUCCCACUCAUAACAGGCCUAAGCCAUAGUACAUGAUCCAUGAUUAGGAAACGCAUGGUUCGGCUUCAUUGGUGACCAUUUACUGCAACUGUGAGCUCAUGGAAAGCUGAUGCUCCGAUAGCAUUUUUUACCCCAAAAUGAAGUUUUCCAAUGUGUUGUUUUAAAUAAAAUUGUAUGGAGUUUUAAUCCAGCUGUGCUUAUGUCCACUCUUGUCUUGGUUUCGAAAGCUAAAUUGCAUGUAACCACUAAAAAAAUCCCUGUCCCAGGUGAUAGUCACAGAUUUUGUUUUGGUAAAUAUUCGAAAUAUCAUUGGCUU